AUAGCUUUUCAAAGCCGGCAUUAAUGGAAUAGAUAACUAUGUAACUUAAUACAAGCCUGUCAUGGAAGAGUCAUGGAAGCGAACGAACGCUCCUGAAAUACGCUGGUCAGCGCAUGCGACUUACCAAUUCCACGUAAAGUUAGGUUCAGCCGUCAUACGAGCGUCGCCAUACAGUCGCCAACUAUACUUCGGUCUUUACCGUUUUCAAAAAUAGUUCGGGCUCCUACCAAAGAAAAACAGACAGAGAAGAUAUAUUUAUGGUGGGACGUUGUCGAUUUGUAGUUUGCUUGUGGUGUAUUUUGUGUUAUUUUCAAAACGGUUCAACACCAACAAAAAAAAGUUUUCAAAAUAAAUACAAAAAAAACCGUUAUUACAGUUUUUUCAGUAUUUUGAUCUCGCUGCUUAACAAAGAGUCAUUGAAGGCGGCUGUAAACAAAAGUUGCCUGUACACAACCCAGACCUUGGUCUUCGUACACCAACGUCUAUUAUACUAAAGAUGACCACUACAAGAUGAAUAGCGUAGAAGACUUGCCUUACUAUAGAGAACAUAUUUAUAAUUCACCAACUUUAAAUAAGAAGACGUCGGCCACAACUUACGAUUUUCCUGAACAUCCUCCCAAAAAAGAUAAGAAGUGGUCUUUUGGGAGUUUGUUUAGGCGGAAGAAGAAGGAGGAAAGCGAUAGUAGUAGCGAUGAGGAGCCGGAAAAGAAAGGGUACUUUUCUAGGAAGAAGAAGAAAUCGGAAAAACGGAAAAAGAAUAAACAAAGACCUACUUUUGAUCACAUAGUUGUCCCCCAAAGGGAUACUUUAUACACUAAUGGAUACUUUUUUGAUGAAUCUGGUAUUCUUUCCGACCCAACUGGAGGAUUUGGCAGCUAUCAAGGAAGAACCCUUUCAAGAACCCCCCAACAAAUCCGAAAACUCCCAAAAAUGGAAACAUCGAGAGAUGUUUCAAACAGAAAUGGAAUUGAUAGACCUUCAUUGGGAUCCGCUGAUAGUUUAUUAAAAAGAACCCGAAAAGAUGUUGCUAAAAUCCGGGCGGAAGCAAGAAGGGACACUUACUUGAAAGAGAGUAGUUCGGAUGAUGAUGAUUCGCAGCGAUCUUCAUCAUCGAAGUUAAGAAGCGACGAAAAUAUUAAUAGAUUACGCGAUGGAUCUAUGAACAAAAAAUCGAGGGCUGCAAGAACGGAAAGAUACAUCAGAAGAUUGUCUAAAGACGAAGAAGGAUUAUACAUCAAUAUAAAGUUACCUAAAUCCGACGUUGAAAAUGGUUAUCACAGAAAAUUUUUACAACCUGAGCCAAGAAAAGAAAAACCAAAUAGUCCAAAAAUUCAAAGAAAUAAUUCUAUUUUUAAAACCCCUGGUUUAGCAACGAUUCCGCCAAACCAUCAUAUUAACAACUCGAAGCGAAAUAGUAGGGAAAACGUUUCAAGUCCAAGCUUUACAAAACCUCCCAUAAAUAACUACAACCUCCAAAAUAGGUACGGAGGGUCGUUAAGCUCAAACGAACCCAGGGAAUUCGUUGGAUACCAAAGAAGCGUAUCCUACGACGCUGAUAUCAAUAGAACCGCAUCCCCAGAAGCUAAAAAUGCCUCCUCAGAAGUAAUUCAUGCUCAGUUACCCAUAGUAAAACCAAAUCAAAGAUUUCGAAACCUAAGUCUUGUGGAACAACCGAAAUUAUUAAUUAAACAAAAACACCCUCCUCCUCCACCACCCCGAGAUCCUUGGCGAGUCUACAUCCACCCCCAAAACCAAGAAUCAACAAGACCCAUAUCGUAUUGUUUUGAUCGUAACCCUCAAAAACAACUUAUUGAUAACUCUAAUCAUAAAAUUGAUAAUAAAUCACAUUCAUUUAAUUGGAAACCUAAUUUUCGAUCUACAUCUGAGGAUCACAUCCCAUCCGAAUGUUCCCCAAUCCCAUUUUAUCCCCGCCCAGCUUCCGCCACGUCAGAUCAUCCAAAACAAAGAAUAAUAAGAAAAACAAUUGGUGGUAUUGACGCAUCCGAACACUACCAAUACUUAGCCGAUAGAAAUCCUCGAAGCAGAAAACCAAUAUUUAUUCAAGACAAAAAUGAAAUUCAUUGCCAAAACGAAUCGAAAAAAGCAAUCGAUUUUUGGAAAAAAAUCGAUGAGGAUAUGAAUCGUGUUGCAAAAAUCGCGGAACCUCAAAAACCAACCGAUUAUUGGAAGAAACAAAAUGGACCAAAAAUGUUUACGGCUUCAACUCAAGUUCGUACCAAUAUAUUUUUACCGAUUACAAAUAACUCGAAUACUUUUAAGCCGAUAUCUAAACCAAACGAUGGAAUCGAUGAGGUUGAUUCUAGAUCGAAAGAUGUUGAUGGCGAUAGUAUUUCGAACGAAUUUACCAACGAAAGGAAAUCAUCGAAUCUCGAAGACGCUUUAGAUGAACUUGAAGCGAUUUAUAACAGUUUAAGAUUAGGGGACGAGGAUUUAUUGGAGAGAGCUGAGGAACGCGAAAAAUCGAUUGCCGCCAAAAAAAUAAUGGAAGCUAAUCUUGAAUCUUACCCAGGUUGGGGACCACCAUCAAGAGGGGCAAUCAGUGAUUCUAGUUUUAGUUAUGAACCAUUUGAUUCAAUCGAUUCCCCAAAACGAAAAAAAAUGGUAAGAAAAUCGAAACAUCCCGACAGAAAAAACGAUGAUAUGGCUUUAAGGAAAUUACAUAAAGAAAGAAACCAUACAAUUUCCGAUCCUAAAGAUGUUAUUUCAAGCGUGAGUUAUUUAUUAGCUUCUCCUAUUCAUCACAACAAUGAUUUGGAGAUAACUAAUUCUAAAAAUAACAAAGAACCUAACGUUACAUUGGAUGAUGUUGUUUUUAGAACAAUUAAGCAUGCUAAUAAUACGUUAAAAGUUUCUGAUCCCCAACUACCUUUUGGUAUUCCAAUUGGACCGGUUCUUCCAGCUCCAAACAGCGAUUAUUUACAUGCCGUACCAGAAACAUCACCACAAUUUACUUACAAAAAUAAAAGAAUACCAAAUGUCGUUAAAGACGACUUGGCGUAUAGAAAUUUAAGAAAAGACUCGAAUAAAGAACCGGUUUUACCUGCCUUAACACCCGAUGAUCUUGUAAACAAUAACAAUCCCAUUUCAACACAAGAUUCAUUGAAACAAAACUUUGGGGGAUCCAUCAAAAAGAAACGCGCAAUUAGAUCGUUAUCGGCUAAUAUUUAUAAUCUAAUUCAAAACGAUCCACAAUCAUACACAUCAUUUUAUGAAGAAGAACAGGAACCGAAAGCUUUUGAAAAACCCAAUCUCGCAGAUAUCGCGGAUGCGAUGGAAAUCGCAAGACAAAUUUUAAAGGAAAAAGAAGAAAAAAUUAGUGCAACUAGACGUGCGUUUUUAAGCGAUACCGAAGCGAAAUAUAAAAGAAAAGAGGCUAACGAUCAAAUCAAUGAAAGUAGAUUAAAUUUCUUGAAUAGCAUGAAAUCGAAACAAGAAGAACUUCAACAAAGGGUUUUAGUUAAAGUUGGAAAAGAAGAAAAUCUCCAAACUAAACCACCGCGAGGUGUUACCCCAGAAAGAAAAAGUUCGAAAGAAACAUCACCAGGUGAUUUGAGUAAAGAUGGGUACCACAGGAAUUCUUUAGACGAUCUUUUAACAGCUUUCGCUGUAGAAGCUCAAGAAGCAAGCCAAAGAAUCGCGGAAGAAAUCAGAGACAAAUCAAAUCAUAAAACAGAAGAAAAGGAUAACAAAUUAAAAUCACCUGCUUUAGUUCGAAAAAAUUCACCAAAAUUAGAAGAUGGGAAAGAAAUUGAAAUCGUUUCUGAAGAUAUUAAAUUAGCUCCUUUAGCAACAUCGGAGUUACUUCCAGUUGAAGAAGAUGUUGAUGAGCAAAUGGAAGAAUUACAAAAAAUCGCUUCAGAUACUGAAGAACAUAAAUCGGUGGCUAAUCUUGUUUUGUUUUGCGAACCUGAAGAACACGUAUCUCAACCAAUUGAAGAAUUAGGUUCUGCUUCCGACCACGAUUAUGUCAACAUACAUACAGACGCUGAAGUAGAAGAUAUCCCCAAUUCAUUCAAAGAAUCCGUGGAAGAAAUAAAAUGCAUCUCGCCAAAUGAAGAACUCAACGCAGAUUUAAUCGCUGGUUUCCAAGAUCUCAAGAAUAUUGAUGACGAUGAGAACGACAGUGAAUCAAAAACUGGUGAAGAAGACGAUCAGUUCUUCCUGGUAACUCUACCCAAUUUCCCUGUGUAUUUAUCAUGCGACAACGAAGACCAAGCCGAAGUGAUGUCUGACAACCAGGAGAGCAGGGCGCAAAGGAUUGCCCGUUAUAAGGAGGAAAGGAGGAGGCAAUUAGCCCUGCAAUAUGGGAUGCCAACCGAAGGUGCUGGAACAACGAAAAAGAACAACAGUACCGGAUCAAGCAGUUCUGAUGGCCCAAGAACCACCCGAGCAUCUAGACUUCGAGCAGCAGCUGUAGCAGGGCAAGAAUCAAUUAAAGAAAAAAUUGUCACGAGUCCGUCUAGCUACCGGGAUAACGACGCCUCGUCCGUAACAACAACAAAAUCAGAGAAAGAUAAGAGUGGAAAACGAAAAUCUAAUUUGAACAGAUCUUUAAAUUGCGAAGAAGUUCCCGUUGACGAUUUUAUUGAUGACACAAAGAGUAGACGUCGCAGGCGACGUUUCUUUCCUGCUGAUCUCCUUCAACAAGGUAUAAGCCCAUAUGACAACAUAAAAAGUGAUAAUCUAUACACUGCCAGUAACAAUGCAUCGUCCCCGUUCUCCUCAUCACCAAUCACUGCCUCAGCACAACGCUGUACUUCCCCAACGAAGAGGUCCCAAUUAAGCGUGCAUAUGGAGAACGCACGAAGAGCAAUUAGAGCCGAUAAGACGACAAGAAGUUCCAAAGAUAAAUUGACUAGUACAAGUGAAAAAGAAAAUCGGCUCUCCGCGGCCGCCAAAAAAGUGCCUCCCACGGAUUCCUCUAAAAUGGAUCGAAAAACCCGGAAUGCAUCGAUUUCGAAGAGAAUGGACGAGUUGACCGCGUUAACGAGGGAAACGUUAGCUAGAGUGGAAAGGUUGGCAAGUAAAAGCAAAAGUUCGGCGCGAUCUAUUACUUCUAAAGUUUCCGCCGCAUCUUCGGAUUCAGACCGAGAAAAGAAAUUAAAAUCUUCCAUAUUGAAGAAAAAGGAGGAAACACCGAUUGAAGUGUCGCCCCCUUCAGUUCCGGUUUCAAUACUUAAAAGAAAAGUCUCCCAAGAUGAAACUAAAUCUGCUUCCGCUUCAACCCAUACCCCUCCAGUAACCUUUUCUCCUAACGUGGUGGAACCAUCCACUAAUCAUAAACGACAGGGAAUUCUAAAAAAACGAAGAAGUUUGGAUGAAUCUCAAGUUCUUAGACAUAGAAGUUGUAGUCCAGACGUUGCCACUAAAUCAGAUUCCCGUUCAAUUUUAAAAAAUCAACGAAGGUCUUCCUUGGAGGAAAUUACUAGAAUUAGAUCUCCAGAUCCUCAAAUUCAAGGUAUCUUGAAGCGAAAAUCUUCACGACCUGAAGAUGAUCACGAAAAUUCUCUUAAUUCUCCACAAGGAAUUUUGAAACGAAAAUCAGGAACUAGCUCCGCCGGAUCGACCAGCGGCACUCAACAUGUUUCUAUUGCAACAGCCGUUAUUUUAGCCGCUGCUGGUGGAGCUGAAAUGAUUUUAGAUACCAACGAACACGUCAAACCGAUACUCAAGAAAAAAAGCAUCGACGAACAGUAUCACUUUGAUUCAUCGACCGAAACGCUCAAACCUAUUUUAAAGAAAAAAUCUAGCACCGAUACCGACGAUCCAGAAGAUAACAAACCACGUCCGAUUUUAAAAAUACCUCGAUCUUCCCUGGAAUACCGCGACUAUUCAGAGACUGAUUCUUCCGAAUUUGAGGUUAAACCAAUUCUCAAACAGAACAAAGACGAUGAUUUACCUAGAUUAAGAUUUAGAGGUAACGAUGAUGGAUCGGUUGAAGUCGAAAGAAGAAGAAGACGACCCGACACAAUAUGUACCGACUUUAAUAUUUCCGAAACGAUUAAGAAAACUCAAGAUUCAGAUAGAGAUUUGCACAAGAAGAGGCCAGUUUCUGUUUUAGAAUUGGUCCAAAAUUUCGAAAACACUACCGUUCCAUCAACUGGUGCCAUUCCUAAAAAAUCGAGUAUGAAAAGGAGUAAUGAUAGAAGCAGAACUCAACCAGUUACUUUCAACGAAAUCGAAGCAAGUUUAAGCUUUGUCCAAAACCAACCUCUGGACGACUACUCCAAAGUUCCUUUGUCGGGAACUUCGAGAUCGGCCGAACAAACCGCUCAAAGCCUUUUCAACCUCAGUUCAUCCCUGGAAGAUGAUCGUCUGACCGACUUCCUCUCAACAUCAAGCACAAGAAUGGAUAGCGGUGUUGGGAAGAUGUCGUCGGAUUCUGCGUUCCAGUCCCUUGGAGAUGGUCUGGAGCUUGAAGAGGAGGUCACAACUUCUUCACCUAUAAAGUUAACACCCGUUAAAGUUGAUCCGGCGAAAUUGCAAAUGAAAGCGAUAGCUGAAGAAGCAAAAAAUUUAAAAUUGAAAAAUUUGGGUAGUUCAGGAAUUCAAAAAUACAAGCGCAAAACCAGUCCAAGUUAUAUGGAACGAGGAAGUAGAUAUUCAACUCAACCUGUGACUUUAGAUGAAGUUGAAGAAGCGUCCAAACUUAAUACUAAAUCAGAAAGUGAUUCAAAUGGAGUUGAUCCUUCAAAACUUAGCCUAUCAGAACGCAUCAAGAUGUUCAAUACCAAGCCGAAUUUUGCCGAGCAAUCGCUUAGAGUAGGUAGAAGGCAAACCCGCUUUCAGACGCAACCCGUCACAUUUGAAGAAGUCGAGUCAGCCAGGUUCUCAAUUCCUGGAGGAAUACACAUCGUAGCUCGAGCUUUAGAAGUCCAAGAAAAAACUCAAACAAUUUUAUCGGAGAAAAAAGGCAUUUUAAAGUCCACCAUGGAUCAUCCCAGUGCCUUUAGCUCCCCGCUCAAAAAAUCCGCAUUGAAAAAAUCGGAAUCGUUAAGAUCUCAUCGCGAUAAAAGUUCUUAUCCGAUGUUAAAGGUCGAACCAGCCGACGAAGGGAUUUCUUCUAAUGAUUCAAGUUCGGACUCUGAAAGUAGAAGUGCGCGCGCCGAAUUUUCAACAAGUGCCGGGAAAUACGCGUCUAAAUCAUUAUAUAGUGAUACCCAUACUUCAGAUGAAUCUUCAGGGGGAAGGGAAAUUCAAAGCAUCAUCGGGACAGAGGCCGUUAAAAGAAGACAACGUGACAAAUUACACCGAGAUGGUUUAUUCAAAAGUAAGAGUUUUGCGCACGUAGGAAGUGAUGCUGAUCCUCUUUCCCUGUUAAGCCAAACGGCCAUGACUAGUACAAUUAACGAAUUACGUGCAAAAUUAAAAGAAAGCGGGGAGAGCGAUUGGAAGAAGAGAAUUCCAAAGCUAAAUAAUGCAAAUGAUGAGAUAAGCCGUUUGAAUGUUAAGAAUCUUUACAAUAACAAUCGUGUUCAACAGGAGAAACUCAACGAGAAGACAUCAAUCCUUGCGGCUAAGAAAGAUGAGCUCGACGCCGCUUCGGAACAAUGGAGAUCCAGAGUCGAAAAGAGCGAUGCCGACAAGUUUUCCGUUGCCGGAAGGAUGGAGAUACAAGAGAUCGCCAUCAAUAUUCCUAAUGGUGACAAAACGAAAAGAAUACCAUCAGCAAAACGAUUCAGAGGAAAAGCAGGAAUCAAAACUGACGGAUCUAUAUCUCCACUAUCAGAAACGCCUUCGCCGCCAGAAGAAGUUACUUUUAAACGAAGCAUAUCCGUUCCAGGAUCAAACGAUGAUUCAGACUUGACUUCUUUAAGAUCUUCUGGAAGAAAAGUAAAGGUAUUAAAACCCGACGACGAUACGUUCACGAGUUUCUUUAAGAAAACUGAAGAUUUCGAAGCUGUCGAAAGCUUAACAUUGACUGUUAACGAUUUGGAUGCGGUUACGAGAAGUAGUCAAAAUUUAUUGGCUCAAAAACGUACGGUGAAAGUUCAAAGGCGCAGAGAAGCUACGAAAAAUCCAAUUAAAGCGUUACUAUCCAGACCGGAUAUUGUUGAUGAAUACACUGAAGUAUCUAUUGGUGUUGGAGAGAGAGAACAAAAAAGACUGAAUGUUGAUAAAUUGUCAAAAAGUUCAAGUUUCGCCAUUGAAGCGCUCGCCGGCUUGGCGAGUAAAGAAGAUUUCAGUUCAAUACUGUUAAAGAAAAUUUCAGCACCGACUUCUACCGUAUUGCCUUAUAAGAGCUUGAUGCUGUUGCACAUUAAAGGAAGAAGACACGUCCAAACUAGAUUGGUGGAACCAUCUGCCGCGAGCAUAAACGACGGGGAUAAUUACAUUUUGAUAACACCGAAUGCUUUGUAUAAUUACGUGGGUCCUUACUCAAAUAUUAUUGAGCAAUCGCGCGCUUGCGAUAUUGUUAAUCACAUCCAAAACACCGGCGAUAUGGGUUGUAAAGUAAACAAAGUGAUUACAAUUAAUCCGAAAAAAGGACUUAGCACUAACGAUCAAGAUAAAUUUUGGAAAUUACUUGGAAGUGAACAAACCGGUGUUAAAACGACGAAAGCCGGUCAUCCCGAUGAAGAUGAAAUUUACGAAUCGAGUAUUUUAAGCACAAAUAUGAUAUAUACUUUAGAUAAUGAUGAGUUGAUGCCUGUUGAUGAAUAUUGGGGGAAAAUUCCUAAAAUAGAAAUGCUCAAACCUAAUAAGGUGUAUGUUUUUGAUUUUGGAUCGGAAAUGUAUGUGUGGAGUGGAAAAACAGCGAAUUCAGAAUUUAAAAAGAAAACUUUACACCUAGCGAAACAAUUAUGGGAGGAAGGAUUUAAUUAUUCCGAUUGCGGAGUGAGUCCUAUUAACAUCGCUGGUAUGCUUGGUGAUAGAAAGAAAACAGAAAUUCCUUUAAAAUGUGAAGAAAGACCAGAUUGGGCUUUGUUUGCUAAAAUAACUCAACAUAGAGAAACGAUAUUAUUCCGUGAAAAAUUUUUGGAUUGGCCCGAUUAUUCGCGUGUUAUCCAAGUUAAAACUAACGAAAAAACAGAGAAUGGUAGCACUCCAAUGAGUAUUAACCCAUGUAAUGUAAAGAGUAUGUUAGAAGAUAAUCGUUCUGAGCCAGAUUUUGUAGCUGAUAACACUCAUCUGGGAAGAGGACACUUUUAUAAUGACGAAGAAAAUCGCAGACAAUAUACAAUAACUUCAUUAAACGUAAAAACCUGGAGAAUUCUUGAAAACACUUAUGAAGAUAUAAAUGAAGAUAUGGUUGGACAUUUUUACGACGAAGAAUCUUAUGUAAUUCGUUGGCAAUAUCGUGUAACAAGCGGUGGAAGAGAAUUAAGUGGAAAACCCUCAAAACAUAAUCUAACAGGAAGGGAUCGUUGUAUUUACUUUUGUUGGUUAGGAAGUAAAGCAUCAAUAAACGAAAAAGGUGCCGCAGCGCUUCUUACUUGCGAAUUAGACAGUGAGAAUGCGCGACAAAUUCGUGUUACUCAAGGAGCCGAACCAACGGUUUUUAUAAGAUUAUUCAACGGUACUAUGGUAACACAUAGAGGAAAAUCCGAUCAAAAAGCUCAAAGUCGUUAUAAACUGUAUAUGUCAAGAGGUGAAAUAGAGGAAGAAGCGUUUUUAAUAGAAGUACCUUGCAGCAUGAGAAGUUUAAGAAGUAGAUCUUCUUUUAUUUGUAUAGACACGCAGUCUUCACAAUUGAUUAUUUGGAACGGAUGUAAAACUUUACCACAAACGGAAUAUGUCACGAAAAUAGCAGCAGAGUCGAUUUCAAAAAAGAAAUCUAGCAAUUUCGGUUUGGAUUCGAACAAAGAAACGACUACGAAAACAGUCAUUGAAGGCGAAGAAAACGAAGAGUUUUUACAAGCGUUAGGCGAAAAACGCCAAUUGUACAAAUGUCUUCUUUCUGAUAACAUCAAAUAUGAAUCCACACCAAGAUUAUUCAAUUUUAGCAGCAUUUCCGGAACGUUUACUGCGAACGAAAUUUUAUGCGGAUACCGAAGCUCGUAUACCACACCAUAUCCAUUUUUACAAGGAGAAUUAUAUUCUGCAAGUCAACCAGCAUUAUUUUUAUUCGAUAAUGGUCACGAAUUGUGGUUGUGGCAAGGCUGGUGGCCAGAAAACGAAGAAUUGGAAUUAUCAGAACAAACGGGAAUGGCCGUGGUUAGGUGGCAAGCCGAACGAAAAGCCGCAAUUCAAACAGCUAUUGACUAUUGGAAGGAACAGCAUAAAGAAGACACUCAAGUGCCAGCUUAUUCGGUAUGGGCUGGAUUGGAACCUUUACAAUUUACAUCUUUGUUUCCAACUUGGGAGGAUCGAGAUGAUAUAGCAGCCAUUAAUAUUAAGGACGGAAAAAAAGCGGGAGAAAUGACAUUAAUAGAAAACGAAUUAUUACAAUUAACAAGGACAACUUACCCACUUGCGCAGCUCUUACAAAGGCCUUUACCUGAAGGUGUAAAUCCAACACAUUUAGAAAUUUAUUUAUCACCCGAUGAGUUUACGCAGCUUCUUUCAAUGACACCCGCGGAAUUUGGGAAACUCCCCACGUGGAAGCAAUCGGCCAUUAAGAAGGAAAAAGGCCUAUUCUGACCUAUGUUGUUAAUGAAAAAGCUGCAUGAUAUGAUUUUGGGCUGUUUCAGCAACUUUGUAUAUUCGAACCGUUAAACAAUUACAUAAAAAGAAAUACUACAGUAAAAAAAAAUUAGUAAGCGAUGGUACUUUUGAGAGCGACAUAUCCGCAUUAUUCUUACUCUUAUUGGACUUUAACGUAAAUAAUCGGUUACUUUGCAUGUAUAAAUUGAAUGUUUUUGUCGAUGUUUUUUCGUGUAUAUUGUAUAUCGCAGUAUUUUGUAUCUUAAUAAAUGUGUGGAAGAACAAUUUAAAGUCGAUGUAAUAUUUAGUCACGUAAUUUAAGUUUGGAUUGUUUUUUUUUUAAUUUAAUAUUUGAAUCAAUUAAAUCUUACUGCCAUAAGUACUUAUCAUUUUGAUUUUGUAAAAUAUGAUGUACUGCCUAUUGCAUACUUUCUUUGUUUCGGCUCUUCCUUAACGACACGAAAAAAGGUUGUGUUAUGUACUUUUGUAAGCUAGGCAUGCAUGUGUACUGAAACCAUAUAGAAUUUGAGAACGAUGUAGAAUACCCGAGGAAACGUGUAAAAUUUCGUUUUUGCUGAAGCUGUGAUUAAACGAGCAUAUGUAACAUUCAAAGUGUUUGUAAAAGUUUUUAUAAAUUGGUGCCUUGUAGGAACUUACGAAAAGGUUAUCGUGGUAGGCCCCCUCCUUUUCUAGUCUUCGAUUGUUUAUAUAUUUUUUUAAUUGCGUUUAUUAAAUAUUAAUUUAAUGUAAUAACCUUUCCCUGUGUGACACCUGUACGUAUAAAUGGCACUGUAACGAAUAGAAAUAGUCGAUUUGUACAUCACCAACCUCACACAUACACACACGUACUCUUGACCGCCUUAUACUAUCUUAUAGAAUUUUUCGGAAACCAUUCUCUCGUAAUGAACAAA